GCAGCCACGUAUUGAAGUUGUUACAUUACAGUUAUUUACACACAACCUUUCGGGUGGUCUCCUAGUCCGGAGUAAUUUAAGAGUAGACUUUGGGAUAGCCCCAUCGCGCGUGUCUGCCUGAGAGCUAAUCAUCUCAUCUCCAAAAAAAAGUUCUGACCCAAUAUCGUAUAGCCAUACAAAGAUUCCUACUAAAUGAGCGACUUGCACGACUUGUGCCGCUUUAUUUCAAGGCCAGUAACUAAUCAGUAUAUAACCCAGCUAAAAGCAUACCUAAAAAGUGGUAUUCCUUCUACUUAUACCGUCGAAGAAGCUUAUAAUUAUACAAAUGGUAUUGAAGAGGAACCCACCACCACCACCACACCUUUGCAUAUUAUUUGUCAAAAUAUUCCAACGAAUGGGACUGAAGAGGAAUUGUUGGUCGUUAGUGAAAUGAUCUCAGUUUUAUUUGAGUACGGGGCUGGUUGGUCUUUCACAGAUAUCAAUAAUGAAACUCCAGGGUGCAUAUUGAUCAAGAGAAACAUGAAGGAUUCUGUUGCUUUUAACCAAAUUGUCGAAGCAGGAGUUCGAGCCGAGUUAAUUUUGAGGAAAGUCAAUGACAAUAUCGAAUUCAUCGAAGCUCUGGAUGAAGAGGAAGUGCCUGAGCUCGUAGAACUGGAAGAACAAACGGAAAAUGCACAAGAAGAUAUUUCACAAAUAAAAGGAAAUACUCUAGAGGUAGAUCCACAGUCCACAAACUUGGAUCCAGCAGAACACCAAGAGACGUACCUCAAUACCAAAUUACAGUACAAAGAUGAUGCACUUGUUACUUCUAAUAAAGAUGGAGUAAUGAUGUCUUGGGAGCAUAACUUGAUGCAAAUGGGUUGUAAUUCUUUGUUCAAAAAUAGAGAAGAUGAUCCGGAAGAGGAAAUGGUUGUCUUGAAUAUCGGAUUCGGGAUGGGUAUUAUUGAUACAAUGAUCCAAGACAAAAAGCCUUUUAAGCACUACAUCUGUGAACCUCAUCCUGAUGUGUUGGAAAAACUCAAGAAGGAUGGCUGGUACCAAAAGCCAAAUGUAGUAAUCCUUGAAGGAAGAUGGCAAGACAAAGUAGCAGAGCUCCUUUCCGAAGGCGUUUUCUUCAACGGAAUAUACUAUGACACAUAUUCGGAACAUUAUAGUGAUAUGUUGGAACUUUUUGACUUAAUUGUGGGCUUAUUGAAACCUCAAGGGAUAUUCUCGUUUUUCAACGGACUAGGUGCGGACAGGCAAGUGAUUUACGAAGUUUACAAGAAGCUCGUAGAGAUUGAUUUGAGUAAUUAUGGAUUGCAAAUUUCUUUCACAGACAUAAACUUGCCCACUUUAGAAGUGUGGGAUGAUAUCAAGAGAAGCUACUGGAACUGUCCUGUUUAUUAUCACCCUGAAGUUAAAUUCGUGGACCUAUAGUUUUCAUAUAUGUCAUAUAAUUCAUAGAAGACCUCAAGUAAUUUUAAAAUGG